GCUGGUUUUGACGGUGGGAAGGAGCAAGAGAAAAAAAUGAAGAGACGUGGGAAUUCUGAGGCUCCAGAACAAGCUUUGCCAGCUACUGGUAGUACACAAACCAGAAGUGUCACAAACCCCGAAGAGAUAGAAAAUGACCGAACUUCCAUUGAAGAAGUCUUGACCUGUUUGAAUGAAAGUACCGGUACUGCCUCACAAAAGAAUAGAGCUUUGCAGGGUCCUUUGACGACUGUGGAAAAGAUUGCACAAGAGAGAGGCUUGGCACCAGAAGAAAUUCAUAACUUGCUGAACAUCGUACUCAGUGGCAAGCUUGGUGCAGUGAUAAGCAGGAGGCUACUGAAGAAUCUGAUUCCCAUUUCUGUAAUAACAGAGGAUUCUGUUAUGUCAGCUGUGUAUUGGAUCUGUGCUCAAAAGUGUUCUAGUACCAUUCAGGUGCUCGUUCUAAAAUGGCUAAUUGUAAUGUUUGACUUCAUUGAUCAGACGGAAAAUGUUAAUGCUCUCUAUGGUUUCUUCUUCAGCUUAUUACAAUAUGGCAAAUUGCUCCCCUAUGCCUGUCAUAUGCUGUGUUUGCUGACCAGAAUGGAGAAUGUGAAACCUUUCCGUGUGAGGAAACUUCUAGAUUUACACCAGCUGUAG